GUGUGCCCUGCGGUUGCAUCUUCAUCUCGUAUAGGGAGAUACAUACAAGUAUUAAUUCGGUAACCAGCUGUACUCGAUUAAGUAUAGUACGUUGAGAAUUUUUUAAAAUUUCUGUCAUAUCUCUCUUGUAUUGGGAAAUAAUUUGGAUUUUUUUGUGAAUCUAAGGAGUGCUUUAGCAGUGCGUUUUAAGAAUUUUAUUAGUGGAAUAUUAAUAUGCUGUGCCACACGCUUCUGCUGCUGGCAGUCGCGGCGCUGACCAGCUGCGACGUGUCCCACCUGGAGACAACCACCACGCCACAGCCGCCGCCGAAGCCCUACGUGUUCUCGUACACGGCGGGAAGAUACCCUGGACACGUUGACCGAGAGCAUACAGAGGUCAGCGAUGGCAGUGGAGUUGUUAGAGGCAAGUUCGCGUACCUGGACCCUCGUCAGCAGCUGCGCACGGUGGACUACGUGGCGGACAAGGAAGGCUUCCACCCCGUACUGAACGACGUGCCCCCGGAACACCCCGCCGACUCAGAGUCCGUGGCGCGCGCCAAGAACCGACACUUUGAGCUCUACGCGCAGAUCGCAGAGGACCACGCGCACCACCCGCAUCCUGAAGAAGUUUCCAUCCCACGUCAGUCAGCCGCCGUCGCCGCCGCCACGGCCAAACACGCCCAACUCUUCAAAGUGAUCGCUGAGCAACAUGCACGGAUAGCGGCCGAGAGGGAAGCACUCCUCAGAGAGGAAGAGGAGAAACAACACCUGCAGGAACUAGGACAGUACGCGUAACGCACUCCAAAGAAGCUUUUCGAUGGUCAAAACGGAGAUUGGCGUUAUCUUGAGUUGGAGAAGAGGAAAUACAUUUUGUUUUUUUUAUUUGUUCACUAAACAAUGGCGCACGUCAAAAGAAAGAUGCGCGCGUUAGUGACAUAUUAUUAUGAAAUCAAUAACGCGGGUGUAGGUGGCGCUAGGUGUACAAGUUUAUCGUGUACUAACGUCGCUACGUCACUAACGCGCGUCAAGUUUGGCGCUAGGACCAGAAGUCGAUCUAAUAGUAGAUUUCUGAACUUAUAAAAUAAAUACAAGCUGCCUAAGGUCAUCAAAAAAUGUUUUCGAACUUGGAAAAACAAUGAUGAAUGAGUUAUCUACAUUGCAAUCAUUGCAGUCGUUGUAAAAUCUGAAUUUCCGUUUAUUUUCCUGCAAUCAAGAUCACACUACAUUAUCAGCAGUCUUCGUUAAAAAAAAUUGGAAGAAAUAUUUUUGUAUAAACUUGCCAUAACAAAAUUAUAGCGUAAAAAGUUUUUGUAAAUAUUUGUAUUUAAGUAAAGCUAAUACUCUGAAUGCCAUACGUAGCAUACGUCGGAUUAGUCUCGCUAGUUGUUUUUAUUUUUAUAACUAAAAUUAUGCUGUCGAAAAGUGAAUAAAUGUUUUAAAAAUUGA